GUUUGGUUUGGUUUUGGAACAAGUGUUCAGCUCAAUUAUUGUCAUUUACCUCUUUCUGCAACAAUUAUAGGCUAAGUACGGUACUGUGUCGUAAUAAGGUUUUAAAUUUUUUAUUAAUAAAAUUGCUGCCUGCUGCUUCAAAUUCAAUCCAUUUGCGUACCAUCGAUUGUCUUGUGAACACUGUGAAACUCCCGAGUUAUGUGAUUUUGGUAACUGAUAACAAUAGAAUUGGUGGUGGGGGGGUUUGUUUGGUUUAUCUUAAUUUGAAAGAGGCAAUAUUGUUGCUUUCAAAUAUCAUCGAAGUACUUGUUGAUUGCACCAUAAGGUUCAGUGAAUUCAGAGUCCAUCACCUUCUAGUCUCAAGAUAUUUAUGUUGCCAGUUAACUCACAAUAUGUCAUCUCCAGAGUUCUCUUUGAUAGGUAUUUACAUGUGCUAUUUACUGAUAGUUAGCAGAAAUUGUGGUCUAAGUAAUAGUAGUUUACUUAGACCAAAUGAGACACACCAUAGAACUUUUAAUAUAUUCAGACCCGAUCAACCUAUGGAUGAACUUGAAAUAAAGUACGGUACAUUCCCAGAAAAGCUUCGUUUGAAAAUGGUAGAUGAUGCUAGAGAAAUGUUUUACUUUGGUUACAAUAAUUACAUGAAACAUGCUUUUCCAAUGGAUGAACUGAACCCAAUUUUGUGCUGUGGCAGAGGACCUGAUUAUGAUGAUCCGCUGAACAUAAACAUCAAUGAUAUACUUGGCGAUUACUGUCUCACUCUAAUUGAUGCCCUGGACACUCUGGCGAUUAUGGGCAAUGUUACCGAAUUCCAAAAUGCUGUGAGGCUUGUUGUUGACCGAGUCAAUUUCGACAAGGACAAUUUCGUUCAAGUCUUUGAAGUGAACAUAAGGGUCCUUGGAGCUCUGCUGUCCGCCCAUCUAUUAAUCACAGAUAAAAAUCAGCCGUUUGGUCAACUAGCGCCACGUUGGUACAAAGGUGAACUUCUCCAUUUAGCUCAUGAUCUUGCUUCAAGACUGCUGCCCGCAUUUGAAAACAGCUCAACUGGAAUUCCGCAUCCAAGGGUUAACUUGCGUUAUGGACUUUUAAAAGAUGAAGACACGGCUGGCGCUUCUACUGAGACUUGUCCAGCUGGUGCCGGCUCAUUACUCAUAGAAUUGGGAGUUCUAAGUCACUUACUAGGAGACCCUGUUUACGAGGGUCAUGCCAGAAGAGCUACCAAAGCGUUGUGGAACUGUAGAGCUAAGUCUACCGGAUUAUUAGGAAACAUCAUUGAUGCGAAAUCAGGGGAAUGGAAGGGACGUCUCAGUGGACUUGGAGCCGGAUUGGAUUCAUUCUACGAAUAUCUCCUGAAAGCUUACAUCCUGUUCGGUGAUUCUGAAGACUAUGCAAUGUUCGACAGCUUCUAUCGUAGCAUAAAACUUCAUAUGCGGAAAGGUCGUGCAGAAUGUAAUCAUGGAGAAGGGGAUCAUCCACUAUUUGUGAAUGUGGAUAUGAAUACUGGGCACCUUCACACCACUUGGAUAGACUCCUUGCAAGCAGCAUUUGCUGGCGUGCAGGUUUUACAUGGUGACAUUGAAGAAGCUAUUUGUACUCAUGCUUUAUAUUACUUCAUAUGGAAAAGACACGGCGUUUUACCUGAAAGGUGGAACUGGAAGAACCUAGUUCCUGAUGUUACCUUCUAUCCUCUGAGGCCAGAGCUUGUAGAAUCUACUUAUUUAUUGUAUCAGGCGACGAAAAGCCCUUUCUACCUACAUGUUGGAUAUGAAAUACUUCAAAGUUUGAAUCAGUUCACUAGAACCGAAUGUGGAUUUGCUACUGUACAUAGUGUGGAUGACAUGAGUUUGGAAGAUCGUAUGGAAAGUUUCUUUCUGAGUGAAACAACGAAGUACCUCUAUCUGCUUUUUGAUAAAGACAAUUACAUCAACAAACGAUACGAAAAGUUUGUAUUCAGUACGGAGGGCCAUAUUUUUCCAAUAGAAGCAAGAUUUCGUAAAAAACCAUGGGCCUUCGGAAAUACCACCCAUCUACCCAUGUACAGCUUCAACGUUUCUGAACCUUCGUGCAAUAAGAUCAAAGAAGAACGACAGUAUUUCCUUCCCUUGAAAAGCAAAUACCUUCUGCAGAUCAGUAAAAUAUUUGGAAUAGAAAUACUUUGACAGCAGCCAAUCAAAGCUGCAGAGCACUGAAAAUCAAUAGCAGCAGAACUGAUGUAUGGAUCACUUGCAGUAUCAAUGAACUCUUCAAGUAAUCACCGUAUCGUUCAAGAAGAUGCAACAUAACACAAGUUGCGACCUGGGAAUUUUUGUGAAAGUCAAGGUUUUCUAUUGUCAAUUAUUUUGAAUAGCCUCUAGAUUUUUUGUAAGUAAACAUUUGUUAUAGUUUCAAAUUAUAUUUUCAAAUUUGUUGAUAAUUGGGAAAGUCAAUCUCCUUAAGAAUAUAUUUUCUAAAUGUAAUAGAGGUAAUUUUUAUAGAAAGGCUGUUGAAAUUUUGCAAUUUGAAGUUAUUUUUAUGAGAUCAAGCUAGUUUCAU